GGCCAGACCGAACGGGCACAUUUUAAUCUGUUCCUCCCUAGUUCGUUUGUCCCAUUUAGUUAGCUGUGUCGUUUCUAGGAUAAUCCAAAGUGUUCGUUUUGAGUGUUGCACAAUGAAAUACUCGCUGUUAGUGCUAGGUUGCCUGUUGGCAAGUGUAUUUGGCACAAAUCCACCAAAAUGGCCUGACGUGUACUCAGUGAGCGGCGUGCUUAACAUACCGUACGCCGAGAUCAACGAACCGUUCUACGCCUGGUACGAUAAAGCAAAUGGCCGCUCGCGUAUCGACUACUAUGGUGGCAUGGUGAAAACGUAUCAGCUGGCCAAGCAGGGUUCGUUCGGCGCUAGCCUCAAGCUCGCUCCGGUUACGACGCAAAGCCAGACGAACAAAGAAACGUGCCUGCAGGUCAACGGAUCGGCCGAUAAUGCUAUCGCAGUACAGAGCAUCCUGCCGUAUGCGAAGGACUUCAAACUGAUCGGAUCGGAGGACUGUAGCGGUUAUCAGUGCGACCAGUUUACGCUGAUUGAGAGCAUUGGCCAGAAGCGCAAUGAGUACAACCUCUGGGUGCGGUACGUGAAAUCGCCAAAGUAUCCGGCCUCCCGGAUGCCCAUUCCGGUUCGGUAUGAGAUGAAGGGAUACAACACGCUGCUAGGAUCGCACUAUGAUCAUUACUAUAUCGAUUACGAGUCAUACGAUCACCAGGACAUUCCGGAGGAUGUGUUUGAGGUUAAGUUGACUGAUCCAUGCGUUAGUUUCCCCGGUCCGGGUAAUGGUCAUUACGCCACCUUCAAUCCGAUGCAGGAAUUUGUGCAUCCACGCUCGGAGGAACAUCUGCACGAUGAGUUCAGCCGGUUCAAGGGCAAACACCAGAAGACGUACGCCAGCGAUCGGGAACACGAGCACCGCCUUAACGUAUUCCGCCAGAACCUUCGCUUCAUUCAUUCGCACAACCGUGCCAACCGGGGUUUCACGGUGGCCGUCAACCAUCUGGCCGAUCGGACGGAAGAUGAGAUGAAAUCGCUGCGUGGUUUCCGCUCGUCCAACGUCUACAACGGUGGCCAAGCGUUCCCGUACAAACCGGCCGCACACAUGGACGAUCUGCCGGAUAGCUGGGAUUGGCGCAUUAGCGGUGCCGUGACACCGGUUAAGGAUCAGUCCGUAUGCGGUUCCUGUUGGUCUUUUGGUACGAUCGGUCAUAUCGAGGGUGCGUACUUCCGCAAGACGCAGAAACUGGUCCGUUUCUCGCAGCAAGCGCUGGUCGAUUGCUCGUGGGGUUACGGUAACAAUGGGUGUGAUGGUGGAGAAGACUUCCGGGCCUACCAGUGGAUCAUGCAGGUCGGUGGCGUACCGAUGGAGGAUGAGUACGAGUACCUGGGCCAGGAUGGUUACUGUCGGGUGGAGAAUGUAACGCUGUACGCACCGAUUACCGGCUGGGUGAAUGUGACGUCCGGUGAUCCGGAUGCGUUUAAGGUGGCUCUGUUCAAGCACGGCCCACUCUCGAUUGCCAUCGAUGCGGGUCACAAAUCGUUCAGCUUCUACUCGAACGGUGUGUAUUACGAGCCGGAGUGUAAGAAUAAGUUGGAUGAGCUGGACCACGCCGUACUGGCCGUGGGUUACGGAAAGCUGAACGGUGAGGAUUAUUGGCUGAUCAAGAACUCGUGGUCCAACUACUGGGGUAACGAUGGUUACGCACUGAUGGCAGUUAAGGACAACAAUUGUGGCCUCACUACUGAUGCCACGUAUGUGUUGAUGUAACUGGUCAACAUUGGCCACCUAAGCACUCCUUCUUAUGAAAGGUUUAAGAGUAUGAAUUUAUAUAAAAAAUAAAAACAAACCCAAGUUUAAAACGUA